AUGGAUCUAACCGAAAACGAAGCUAAAACAAGGCGAACAACCAUAAAGGCUGCGGCUACGCGACUUAAAACAUAUAUAGAAUCUGCACAAGCACAACGUGCUACGCAAUUUGACUUGGUUGAACGUAAAAAGAAACUAGCGACUUUAUUUGUGCAAUACGAUGAAGUUCAAGCGCGAAUCGAAUGUUUAAACUCUGAUGCUAACGAAGCUAUAGCGGCGACUCAUGCAGAGGAUCGUACACGAUUCGAGGAAGCAUACUUUCAGCUUAUGUCGAUAUACGAUCAGCGUAUUCACUCGAUUGAACAAACACGCGUAGCAUCUCAGACCAGUAUUGAUAAUCAGACAGCACAUCAAAAUAAUUCAGAGUCAGCGCAUAUCCGACUACCAAAAAUUCAAUUACCCAUUUUCUCCGGAUCAUAUGAAGAGUGGUAUACAUUUCAUGAUUCUUUUGAAAAACUUAUUCAUUCUAAUGCAAAUUUAUCGUCUAUUCAAAAAUUCCACUACCUAAGAUCAUCAUUGAAGGAUAAAGCUGCGGAGGUUGUACGAUCCUUUGACAUAACGACAGAUAAUUACACAGAAGCAUGGCAAUUGCUGAAUGAGCGAUUCGAUAACAAGAGGCGUAUAGUUCAAACUCACAUUAAGGCAAUAUUCGAAAUUCCACCUAUAAACAAAGAAAAUUGUACAGCGUUGCGUAGUUUAAUCGAUAAUGUACUUAAACAUUUUAGGGCACUCAAGGCAUUGCAGAGACCCGUUGAUACUUGGGACGAUAUAAUGAUACACUUAGUAUUAACCAAACUCGAUUCUGUUACAGUGAAGGAAUGGGAAACAAGUCGCGCAGAUUCGACUAUACCUACAUUCAAACAAUUGACUGAUUUCCUAUCAAAACGUUGUCAAGCUCUGGAAAUCAUUUCCGGCAAAUCAGGUGGACGUACAAGUUCGGAUGUGCACAAUUCACAGAAGGCCAAGAAUCCUAGCGCGCAUGUAACUACCUCAAAUAUAUCAUGUAUCCAUUGCAAGAGUAAGCAUUUUAUAUUCCAGUGUGAAUCAUUUCGUAAACUCCCGGUUGAAAAACGUUUUGAGAUCGUAAAAAAUGCUCACUUUUGUAUCAAUUGUUUAAGAUCGGGAGGGCAUCAAGCUAAAAACUGCACAGCUAGUACUUGUCGUAAAUGUGGAAAGCCACAUAACACAUUAUUGCAUUUUGAAACCUCAAAAGAUGAAGGGGUAAAAACAGGCACGCCUUCGAACACUAGUAAUUCUGCUUGCAGCGUAACAGGGGCAUCUUCAACAAAUACCGCGGCUCCCAUAGUAACACAAUGCACUCAGAUUAAUGAUGCUUCCAAGGUUUUUCUCUCAACCGCCAUAGUCAGCGUAUAUGAUCAUAAGGGAGAGUUACAUGGUUGCAGAGUUUUACUUGAUAGUGGUUCUCAAUUAAACUUCAUUACUGAAGAUUUCGCAAAUCGAUUGCAUCUUAAUAGUCGUGAAUUACACAUGUCUAUUUCAGGUGUGGCAAAAGGAACAAUUGAAACAAAGAGGAUAGUUGAUGUUAGUUUCCGAUCGCGAACAAACGCAUAUGUCGACAGCAUUGAAUGUAUAGUUCUGCCUAAGAUUACCCAGAAGUUGCCGCAGGAAUUUUGUUCAAUAUCAGAAUUUACAAUUCCAUCGAAUAUAGUACUCGCAGAUCCUAAUUUCAAUAUCCCAAGCGAAAUUGACAUACUCAUAGGAGCUCAAUUAUUCUGGAGGCUCAUUUGCGUAGGACAAAUUAGGGCCUGCAAAGCGCAUCCUACUCUACAAAAAACUAAGCUAGGAUGGGUGAUUUCCGGCAAGACUGAUGGAUCUUCAGAUAAGAAAAUAGAGGCAGUGUGUCAUCUUAGUGCAAUCAAUAGGCUAAACGAGGCUAUUGUGAAGUUUUGGGAAAUUGAGCACGAUACUUCUUCCAACAAAAUGUCUCAUUAUAAUCCAAAUGAGCAAAUUUGUGAAUCGCAUUUUAAUCAGAAUGUUCGUCGUGACGCCGAAGGUCGUUUCAUAGUCAAAUUACCUACAAUUGAUAAAAAAUUACAGCAGUUAGGAGAUUCAAGGGAAAUCGCAAAACGUCGUUUUCUUAAUUUAGAAAAGCGUUUAUCAACGCAGCCAUUGGUGUAUUCACAGUAUAAAGAGUUCAUGCAAGAAUAUGUUAAUUUGAAUCACAUGUGUGAAGUCGAUGAUCGCGACGCGAAUAACGAAAGGGCAUAUUAUUUGCCGCAUCAUGCGGUUUUUAAAGAAAACAGCAUCACAACCAAAUUGAGAGUGGUGUUUGAUGCAUCGUGUAAGACGGCAUCCGGACUGUCAUUGAACGAUGCACUUUUGGUUGGUCCCACUAUACAGGAGGAUUUGUUCUCUAUUUUAGUACGAUUUCGCACGUUUCGAUACGCCAUGACGGCUGACAUUACUAAAAUGUAUAGACAGAUUCUCAUCGACCAGUCCCAGAGAUCUUUGCAACGUAUUUUUUGGCGUAACUCAUCACAAGAUGAACUAAAAACGUUUGAGCUUCUUACACUUACAUAUGGUACAGCGUCAGCCUCCUUCUUGGCUAUUAGAUCAAUACAGAAACUCGCGGAGUACGAAGCGGAAUCAUUUCUCAUUGGAUCGAAAUUAGUAUUACGCGAUUUUUAUGUGGAUGACCUGCUUACAGGUGCAUCUACAUUACAAGAAGCAUUAGAGAUCAAGAAACAAACUAUUCAAUUGCUAAGGAAAGGCGGAUUUGAAUUAACAAAGUGGUCGUCUAAUCAUUCUUCCAUUCAAGGCAUUGAAGGUUCUACAAAAAAGGAAUUUAAUUUGGGCAACGAAACCAGAGCUCUUGGUGUAGUCUGGAAUUGUGAAUCAGAUGUAUUCAAGUUCAUAAGUAUAGGACAACAUCCACCACUGGAUAGGCUUACCAAACGUAGUAUAUUGUCUAGGAUAGCUUUAAUGUUCGAUCCUUUAGGAUUAUUGGGACCAUCCAUUAUAAUUGCUAAACUUCUAAUGCAACAAUUAUGGCGGGAGAAAAUUGAUUGGGACGAAACUAUAGCUGGUGAACUACAUACACUUUGGAGAGAAUAUGAAUUCAGGUUACAAUUUCUUGGUGAUAUUCAGGUAGCACGAAAGGUGAUUACUUUCAGUGAAAAACGAAAGGUGGAAAUUCAUGGUUUCUCAGACGCUAGUCAACAAGCAUACGGAGCAUGCAUUUACGUUCGAUCCACUUACACGAAUGGGCAAUCUGAAUGUCAUUUGCUAUGUUCUAAGUCAAGAAUCGCACCUCUUAAAACAUUAUCUAUUCCUCGACUCGAGCUUUGUGGAGCUUUAUUACUGGCACAACUUACCAACAAGGUAUUAAGUGCUUUACCUUUAACGAUAGACUCUAUUCAUUAUUGGACCGAUUCACGUAUCGUAUUGUGUUGGUUGCGAUCAUGCAGCCGUCAGUGGACACCGUUUGUAGCGAAUCGUGUAGCUGAAAUACAGCGACUCACAAAUAUUGACAGUUGGAGACAUGUGUCUAGUCAGGAUAAUGCUGCCGACCCGCUUUCCAGAGGUAUCAUGCCCAACUUAUUAUCCGAGCUAGAUCUGUGGUGGCACGGGCCAGUUUGGUUAAAAUGCGAUGAUGAUGAAUGGCCUUCUGAGAAUUUCCACACGUCAAAUGUAGAGGUGCCGGAAAUGAGACUAACAGCAAUGGUAAUUGAGAUGGGCAAUAAACCAUCUCACGAUAUAUUUAAUCGAUUCUCUAAGCUUUCUCGAUUGAUACGCGUUAUCGCUUUCUGUCAUAGAUUCAUAGCGAAUUGUAAAAGAAGAAAAACAAUUUCACAUAGAGAGGAAGAGGUUGAUAAGGUUCAGCCCUUGUCUAUGAAAGAAUUAGAACGGUCAAGGGUAUCAUUAGUAAAAAUGAUCCAACAUGAUUUCUUUAAAACAGAGCUGCAUUCGCUCAGAAGUCAUGGUUACGUAGCAAAAAGUAGCAACAUCCUAAAUCUAAAUCCAUUUAUUGAUGCACAUGGCAUCUUAAGAGUCGGUGGUCGCUUGAGACACGCUAUUGUUUCCUAUGACCAUAAGCAUCCCGUUUUAUUGCCGGGUAAACAUGUGUUCACACGAUUGAUUAUUAUAGACGAACACGAACGUCAAUUGCACGCCGGAGCCCAAGCCACAUUGUCGGCAAUCCGUCAAAAUUACUGGCCGACGUCGGCUCGAAGUGUAAUUCGUAGCGUAAUAAAGAGAUGUACGACGUGCAUGCGUAACACACCAAAGUUAGGCGCAACUUUGAUGGCGGAUUUACCCGAAACACGAGUAAAUAUAGCAAAGUAUGUAUUUCAAAAAUGCGGCGUCGAUUAUGCGGGACCACUAUGGUAUAAGGAAGGGCAGCGAAAAAAUGCGAAAUCAAUCAAAUGUUAUAUGGUUUUAUUUGUUUGUUUAGCUACUAAAGCCGUACAUAUAGAAUUGGCAUCAGAUAUUUCAGCGGAAGAAUUUGUAAAUGUACUCAAGCGAUUUAUUUCUCGAAGAGGACGUCCCACGGAUAUGUAUUCGGACAACGGUUUAAAUUUCAUCGGAGCUAACCGUGAACUUAAUGAAUUGUACGACUUAUUCAAUAAUGAGGUUGUUAAGCAAAAAAUUGUUAAUUUCGCGACAUCCGAAAGGAUGAAUUGGCAUUUUAUUCCGCCUAGGUCUCCACACAUGGGUGGUUUAUGGGAGGCCGCCAUUAAAAGUGCUAAAUUUCACUUGAAACGCAUCGUCGGUGAGGCUUCGCUAAAAUAUCAAGAAUUAAACACAGUACUGAUACAGAUUGAAGCGGUAUUAAAUUCGAGGCCACUUACACCUUUAUCAAACGACCCUAAUGACUUCAAUGCACUCACACCAGCACAUUUUCUAAUCGGAUGUCCAAUUACAACGUAUCCAGAACCUAGCCUUAAGGAAUUGCAAACCAACAGGCUAUCUCGGUGGCAGCGAGUGGAACAACUACGGCAACAUUUUUGGCAGCGUUGGGUAAAGGAAUAUCUUCACAACUGUCAAUCUCGGGUUAAAUGGAAUGAAAAAACUGAUCCUAUCGAGGUGGGACAAAUGGUGAUAUUAAAGGAAGAUAAUUUACCACCCUUGUGUUGGAGUCUAGGUCGAAUCGAGCAAGUCUAUCCGGGAAAGGAUAAUAUUAUUCGCGUUGUUUCUGUGCGAACUUCUAAAGGAGUAUACAAACGACCUAUUACCAAGGUAUCCGUUCUGCCUAUUGAACAAUAG